UGCUGUCUUUCAGACAGACUGUUUUUGCUGCAGUGAACGGUAGCCUUAGAGAGAGCGGGGAAAAGCUAGAAAAACAAGAAGCCGAAGAAGGAAGGAAAAAGUCAAUAUAGACAGAUCCAGAGAGACAUCAGAGCAAGCGCCAGUUUUCCUGCAUUACAGGGACUUCGAGAACCAACGGCGACAAAUAGCCUAUCCGUUCCCGUUCUGGAAUCCAGAGGCAGGCCUAUAUCGGUAACACUCCGGUGCUCCUCUCCCCUGCCCUCGCAGGUAACAUUCGGGUGCGCCUCUCCCCUGCCUAACCCUCGUGAGGAUUCGGUGAGAAGAACAAAGGGAUCUGUGCAUCCAACCAAACAUGGCAUUCCCUUCUUACCUGGUCCCAAGUCUAUGGACUCUGAGUUUAUUGACACUACUGGCAGCCUCUGUUCAGAGCAACUUCGUCUUUGACGAUGACCCCUUGCAGCCAGUGACCCAGGACGAGACGGUGUCUGUGGGUGGCACGGUGACCCUGACCUGCCGGGUGGCGGCGAGUGACAACUCCUCCCUGCAGUGGUCCAACACGGCCCAGCAGACCCUGUACUUUGGAGAGAAGAGAGCUCUGAGAGAUAACCGUAUCCAGCUCCACCGGUCUACAGGCACAGAGCUGUCCAUCACCAUCGGAGACGUGCAGCUGUCAGACGAAGGAGAAUACACCUGCUCUAUCUUCACAAUGCCUGUCCGCACUGCCCGCGCCACCGUCACCGUGCUAGGGGUCCCUGGUAAGCCCCAGAUCUCUGGCUAUGAAGACACCGUCCAGGAGGGGGGUAAGGUCACCCUCACCUGCACCAGCUCCGGGAGCAAGCCCCCCGCCAAACUACGCUGGUACAGGGACCAGGAGGAACUCACAGGCCGUCCUGACGUGGUGGAGACUAAUCCAGGUGAAGCCACCUACACAGUGAUCAGUGAGCUGAGUCUGACCGUGGGCCGUAAUGACGACAACACCCUGAUAGCCUGUGCUGUGGACCACCCUUCUCUGACCCAGGGCGACAAGAGGACCGAACAGCCCAUCAGAGUCCUGUUCACCCCAGACGUCACUAUCCAGCCUGAGAGUGAUCUGCCCAGAGAGGGAGAGAAGUUCAUUAUGCAAUGCAUGGGCAAUGGAAACCCUAAGCCCACCUCGUACGUGUGGCAGAAGAAGGACGGAGAGCUCCCUCCGCUGGCCAAGGUGGACGGUAGUUUCCUGCGCUUUGAGAUGCUCAACAAAUCGGACAACGGCGUGUACCUCUGUCAGGCUGACAACGGCAUCGGGAAGAUGCAGGGAGAAUACACGCUGCUGGUGCAAGACCUGACAGAUGAUUCAAACAACCUCUUCCCUACCUCUUUCUAUCUACCCUCCUCUUCUCCAACCUCUGACUCCCCCACUCCCUCCCUCUCUCCUGAUUCUUUCUCUCCUAUGUCAACACCGUCUGGGUCUGCCUCCGCGUCCCUACCUGCCAGCUCUCCUCACACUAUUUUCUCCUUCUCUAUCCCUUACCCAUCUGACCUCACUAUCGCCCCUUCUUCCUCUUCUUCAUCCCUCUCUAGCUCUUCUCCCUCUCCGUCUCCUCCUGCUGUCAAUGUUCUAUCUAUCUCUCUUUCUCUCACUCCCUCUCCUCCUUCUGUCAAUGUUCUAUCUACCUCUCUUUCCAACUCUCUCUUCCCUGACCUUUCCAUGUCUCCCGAUCCCCAUCCUCCCUCCUCCUCCUCCGACUCCUCCGCCCCCUCUUCUUCCCCUCCUCCUCCCUCCGUCGCUCCUCCCUCCUCCGACUCCCUCACUCCCUCCUCAGUUACCAUACGGCUGAAUGGAGUUUACAGUUUCACAGAUGGCCCAGACAACAUUGCAGACCCCACUGCCAUGUCGACCUCUUCAGGAGUGGACCAUGCUGUGAUUGGAGGAGUGGUGGCAGUCAUUGUCUUUAUCCUGAUCUGUCUGCUCAUGGUGCUGGGCAGAUACCUCAUCAGACACAAAGGGACAUAUCUUACCCACGAGGCCAAGGGCUGCGACGACGCUCCCGAUGCCGACACUGCUAUCAUCAACGCCGAGGGCGGCCAUUCUGGAGCUGAGGACAAGAAGGAGUACUUCAUCUAGGGAGGGGUCGGGGAUGGGUCGGGGAGGGGGAAGAUGAGCGCCUCCAUUUGUCUUCACAAGCUUCCGUUCUUCACAUCAGCCAGAGGGGGAGGAGUAGCAGACACACAGACAGACACAGACAGACACAGACACAGACAGACACAGACAGACACAGACAGA